AUGGACAACCAUGGGGUCGACCUGAGCUCGCUUGGCGGAUCGGCGCAUUACGGCGCUGAUCCCGCGUUUGGUGGCCGAGACUCCAUCUCUCCCGAUGAGCUGACGGCGGGCACGGUUUACAAUCACGAUGCGCGCGCCGGCCUACUCCAUAACGCGCAAGAUCCGGUAGAUGACGCGUACUCUUCCGCGUCUCCAGGCGUACCGCCGCAGGGACGGCAACAUCAGUACCAGCAUGGACAGCCACCUCAGCCACCCCCAUAUAUCGCGGCGGCCUACUUAGGGCAGCCUCAUGAGAGGAGCAAGUCGUUUCUCACCAGAAAGCCCCAUUGCAGCUGGCAAGCAUCAUGGAACAUGUAUCUCUGGCUUGCCCUCGGCAUCGCUUGCGCCAUCGGGCAUCACGUCUUCUAUCAUUUCCUCGAUGGCAAACCUGCAGAGGACCAGGUACGCAUGUUGCGUUAUGGGACGGCCCUUGCCUUCGCGGCGAAGGCCAGUUUGGGCGCUGCUGUGAUAUCGGCGUUUCAACAGCGCGUCUGGACAACUGUAAGGUCUAGGUUCAUGACCAUUGCCGCCUUAGACUCAAUGUUUGCUGCCACGGAGAACUUCAUCGCGCUGCUUUCCUGGGACUUUCUGAAAGGCGCCAAAGCAGCGGCUGCCCUAGCCUUGUUUGUCUGGCUCUCUCCACUCGUUGUCAUUUUGACUUCCAAUACGCUUCUCGUGGAGCCACGAACCAUCUUGGAAAACGGCACUUGUCCCAGCAUACGGAGCCUGAACUUUGCAAAGGAGGAUACUCACCAGUGGCGGGCACCCACCAAGAUAGAUGGUAGGUAUGAGAUGCCAUUGUCCAUAUGGAACUCAACCAAGCCUGCGGACUCGGAGCCCGAAGGUUGGUUUGACUAUUACACCGGGCCGAGCCCCAACUUCCAGCAGACCGCCACUCUUGGCGCUUUUCUCCAGGAAGUUGUGGCGAGAAAAAACUCGUCCAUAGAGAUCUGCAGGAAAGGGUGGAACUGCACGUUUGAAAUUGAUUUUACGGCGCCAGGCUACAAAUGUAGCGAACAAGCCAGGGGGAUUGGUUCCAAGCCGGCCAACCUGACGCAGCAAUCCGGCGAGGCCAAGCCGCCCUUCGGCACCGAUAUUCUCCUCCCUGAAGGAACAUUUGCUUAUUAUGCCUUCACAAGCGGAGGAGAAUAUUCCACAACGCAGAUGAAAGAUGUCGAGAUCGGAGGUAUCCCAAAGAUGGACCCGCCUUACCCGGAACACAUGGGGGCUCUCCGUACAGAACCGGUCAUCUGGAUUGGACACGUUGUGCCGCCAGACGCCGAUCACCCGGCGUCUCGAAAGGAAGAAGACGAGAACAUGAACUACGUCCCCAAGAUAUUUGCGUGUGAACACUACGAAACAGAGUACACCGCCGUCUUCAACUACACCGACGCCACGCAGUCGGCAUACAUGAAGAAGCACAAGUUUCUAGCACCCAUCAUCAACACGACCUUCAUCCCCGGACUCGACGCCAACGACGGCACGGCCGACAACGUCACGGCAGUUCCAAAAGAGAACUACGUCCUGCCGCAAGACGUCGAGAGAUAUCGUCGCGUUGCUGCUUAUCACUCGUUGGGCUUCAUGCUCCGCAAGUUCCUCAACGGCACCGUGCAGGUCAAUAAGCAGUCCGCCAACCCAAUGGCAAACACGGACGCUAUCCAGACCAAACUUCUUGACCCCAGAAAUGACUAUUUUCCGGUCUUCAAUCUCCAAGAUAUGGUGCAGGAGUUCUAUGAAGACUUGAUACUCUCUAUAUUUUCUACCCCUCAGUUCCUCCCCGUGGUCUGGGCCGCGCAGACGGACGAAAACACGGGGGGGCUGGUGCUGGGCGGCGACCAGCACAAUCACUCUGCCUACGAAUACCCAUGCCAGCGGUCGCGGAUGGUUAACAUGUACAGCUACCAUGCGCGGGACCUUUGGAUCGUAUACGCUAUCGCUAUCCUGUUAGCAGGCUCCGGGGUCGCGCUUGGUGCCCUAGCCGUUCUGGAAAACGGGGGCGUCCUCAGAAACACACGGUUCUCGAGUGUCGUGGCUGCGACGCGGGGGCCAGCGCUGGAUAAGGUACACUGGGAGGGUCCCGAUAGAGACCAAGGCGACGUUCCGGAUGACGUGAAGAAGCUGAAGCUUGGAUACGGUGUUAUUAAUCAGAGCAUGGGUAACGGUUUGAACGCAGGAGAAAGAUACCCCCGACAGAGCAUGGUAUGGUCACCCAGUGAGGUUAGAUGCGGGUUUGGAUUAGAAGGCGACGUUGAUCAAAAGCGGAAAGAAGGGUCAUUAUUUCACAGAUAG